GGAACGUGAAAAUGGCUUAACAAGUUUGUGAAAAUUGGAUCACGUGUGCUGUUUGUGGUAAUGCUAAAAAGCCAGGAUAUGAAUGCGACCAUCCUCAUCUAUAAAGGCCCAUCUCAAAAGUAGAAAGCUUGCUUUUCUUUACUCACAUUGGCCUGCCUUUCCGAUUUCUCCCCAGUUAUCUUUUUCCUAUUUUCACAAAAAAGUUUAUAUAAUAUACAGACAGUAGAUAGUGUCGAUAGUAGACUCUUCUAUGAAGACCAUCAUAGUUGUUUUUAGGGAAAAAAGAAAAGAAAAAAGAAAAGAAAAGAAAAGUGAUUGCAUUUGCAACUAGGCGACGUGAUUUUGAUUCUCUGUUGUUUUGUCCAAUAGUUUUUACCAAUUUUCGUUGCUCUUAAACAUUACUUUUUUUUUAAUCACAUAAUGAUUCCAAGAAUCGAUCACCUCUAAUGAUUGUAAGUGGAGAAGGCAGCUCAUGAAGGAUUUAUUUUGUAUUUUGUAAGGAAAAUUGUAAUUUGAACCUUCCACCAACGUAGGAACAGGAACUGCUUCUUAUACCAUUCCCACCUUCAAAAUUAAAUGAAAAUACAGUAUUGUCCAAUAAACUCCUAACCUAACCAAAAUUUGUCUGACAUUUGCAAUUUUAACAAAGGCAAUCCUUUGAUGAUAUUUUCCCUUUCUUCAAGUUUAUUUAGCUUUCAUGGAAAAGCAUGAGUAUCCCUAAAUUCAUGUAAAAGUUCUUUUGGAGGGGAUUGAAAGGCGUAACGUAAUAGAGUUGGAUUAAUCCAUUUCCAAGGAAGGUAAAGUUGCAGACUUGGGAGGUUUUUGUCCAAACUCCCCCACCAAGUUUCUACUUUGUCUGCAGUGCUUACGGUGUUUUGCCCAAAAAAGCAUGCUUUUCCAGUUGUCAUCAUCUUCUCUUGUAUUGAUCAUGCCCCCACCUCCCACUCCUUCCCUCCCUUUUUAUUUUUGGCGGUUUGGCCUUUAGCUAUCCUUCUUUUUUUUUUUUUUAUUGGUUGACCUGGUGUUGUUUUAGCGGUGUUUCAAUGUAUGAAAUGCAUAAUUGGUUUACUUUUUCCCUGUUUUCUUCUCUAAGAUUGUCUCCUGUUCCUGGUAAAUUCAUAAGUAGGCAUAUCGCAUUUUGCUUUGAAGCUUGAUGCUUUUCUACCAACUCCUUAAUAUUCCAUCUUUUUCCUUUGAACUUUGAAGAGGUUUGCCCAACUUGGUGCAGCUCUGAUAAAGAAAUUACCUUUUUGAAAUCCUUUUUCUGGAUUUCUUUCUUUCUUUGUCGAAUUUGUGAGGAAAGUCAUUAAAAAAGAGAAUUUUCACCAUGCCUUCAACAUACUUACCUCUUAGGUGGGAAAGCACAGGGGAUCAAUGGUGGUAUGCUUCCCCAAUUGAUUGGGCAGCUGCCAAUGGACACUUUGACUUGGUCAGAGAACUUCUGCGUCUGGAUGGCAAUCAUCUCAUUACCCUUACCUCUCUAAGAAGAAUUCGCCGAUUGGAGACCGUGUGGGAUGAUGAAAAACAGUUUGACGAUGUUGCAAAAUGCAGGUCUAAUGUUGCCAAAAAACUGCUUGUUGAGUGUGAAAACAAGAAGGGGAAAAAUACCCUUCUUGGAGCUGGAUAUGGAGGGUGGCUUUUGUACACUGCUGCCUCAGCUGGUGACCUGGGAUUUGUUCAGGAAUUGCUGGAAAGAGAUCCACUUCUAGUGUUUGGGGAAGGUGAAUAUGGGGUUACUGAUGUGCUCUAUGCAGCUGCCAGGAGUAAGAAUUGUGAGGUUUUCAGGGUUAUUUUUGACUUUGCGGUUUCCCCAAGGUUUCCUUCUAGUAGUAACAACGGUGGGAGAGAACUGGAGGAACAUAUUGAGGAUAUCAAUAUCCCAGCUGCCUAUAAGUUUGAAAUGCUAAAUAGAGCUGUUCAUGCAGCUUCAAGAGGAGGAAACUUGAAGAUAUUGAAGGAGCUUAUUCGUCAGGAUUGUAGGGGUGUAUUGAGUUAUAGGGAUAUUCAGGGUGCUACAAUUCUGCAUGCUGCUGCUGGUAGAGGGCAAGUUGAGGUAGUCAAAGAUCUUAUAGCUUCUUAUGAUGUUAUCAAUUCUGUUGACAACAAUGGCAACACAGCAUUACAUACUGCUGCCAGCAGGGGUCAACUUGCUGUUGUUGAAGCUUUAAUCCUUGCUUCACCGUCAUUGGUUUGUUCCAGAAACCACGCUGGGGAAACAUUUCUACAUGUUGCUGUCACUGGUUUCCAGACUCCAGGUUUCCGGAGAUUGGAUCGCCAGAUUGAGCUCAUGAAGCAACUUAUGUGUGGAAAGGUAUUUGAGAUUGAAGAUAUCAUUAACACGAAAGACAAUAAUGGAAGGACUGCGCUUCACCUAGCCAUCAUUGGGAAUAUUCAUUCUGAUCUUGUAGAACUGCUUAUGACCGCUCGCUUCAUUAAUGUCAAUAUUCGGGAUGUGGAUGGAAUGACUCCUCUUGAUAUCCUGAAGCAACGGCCUCGCUCUGCAUCUUCAGAGAUACUGACGAAACAGUUGAUGUCUGCGGGUGGAAUCUUAAGUUGUCAGGAUUACACAACAAGAAAAGCGAUUGCUUCCCAUCUGAGAAUGCGAAGUAUUGGCGGUAGUCCUGGAACCUCCUUCAGGACAUCCGAUACAGAAAUAUUCCUCUCUACAGGCAUUGAGAAUGUAUCGGAUGCAGGUGGAAGCAUUGGGCAGAGUGCUUGUUCCCCAGAGAAUUUCCCUCAGCCUAAUGUGGGAGUACACUCCAUGUCAGUAAGAAAAGAAAAGAAACUGCGUGCUUUAGAUAUUGCAGCUCAAAGGCUAAAACGUCUCCUUCACUGGCCUAAGACAAAAGACAGAAGCACUGGGCGCCGCAAACUUUCAGUGGCCGAAGCUGAGCAUUCAUUAAGCCCUUCAGAAGGUCCUCCGAUCCCUCUUCGGGAGCGAUUCUCAAGGCCCUCAUCCAUGCCGAACAACAAGCGAACUCUGGCUGUCAGGAGUAACCUUCCUAGUCCAUCAGCAAAGAAGAAACUUGCUUCGGGUCUAGUGCAUGGCGUGAUGCAGGCAAUUCCCACUGUUGGAGACGUAUCUCGUCGCUCACGGUCAAGUUCAUUUUCCAAAUCAUCAUUGUCUUCUCCUAGCUCAUUAGAUAAACAGAAAGGUCUACAACUCGAGAAGGAUAUCACCAGAGCGUCUUGUUCCAGUCAAGUGGUUGACAACGAUGGAACAAUACCAAAUUCAGUUCCCAGGCAAGAGUCGUCUAUCAAUAAGAAGUUGAUGAAUCAGUUUUUUUGUUUUAGCAGUGAAGCCAAAAAGUUGCCUUUUUCCAAGCCCUAUGAGAUCUAUGAACGCGCUGUAUUGUAAAUCACUGGCUCAGAGUCCUGGUUCCUUCACAUAAAACCUGCGAUACAGCAACCUCAUGAUUACUGGAAAUGGUUAUUCUAGGGCUUGUUUGGUUAGCAUUUUAAGAACAUUGCUCUUGGGAUGUGCAGAUGGUAGCCCUUCCUAAGCCCUACUCCAGAAAGCAAAUGUAAAUUCCUCUUUUAAGUUUUGUAGCAAAACUAUCUGAAUUUGCUGAUUGCUGAUGAAUAGUAAUGUGCUAACUGUCUCUUUUCUAUUUGAAAUAGCUCGGUAUGUAGUCUCUUUUUUUUUUUUUCAUAUGGCAGGGUGUGAUGUAGUCUGUUACUGCCAAACACACAACCAAUUAGCACGAAUUAUGCUGGUGGGUGGAUGUACAGUUUUAUUGCCAUUGUUAACUCCCUAAUUCAGAAAGAAGAGAACAAAACUCCCUGUAAGUUCUUUGACAAUACUAUCUCAGCUUUGUUAGAGAAUCAUGCUACAGAUUGCUGAUGAUAUCGAUUGGUACUGUGUGGUUAAAGAAACUCUUUCUGAACUUAUGAUGAACUACGAACUAUGUUCCAGUUUGGAUCCUUUUUUAGGCGAUGCAUUGCUUUGUUUACCAACAACAGUUAGGAAAGUUUCCAAGCCUGUGAUUUCAUAUUAGGAAUCAGUUUCAGAGGCUGAUCAAACAUGUUUAUUGCAGCUAAUUUGCAACAAUGAAUGUAUCUUUGUUGUACUCGUUGACGUUUCUGAACAACCUUCAAAAUCAUGAAAAUGUAUCUUCCAAAACAAAAACUAUAGCGUAAAAUUUGUAUAUUACAUGUAUGCACACACCACACUAUGAAAUCAUAUGUCGCCAUCAAAACUUGUUUAAAUGAAUUUGGUUUUUCCUUCUCCAUAAAUACCUGUCAUUACAUCAGCUUCAGCUUUAGCCUCUCUAGUAAUUUGUAUUACUGUCUACUAAACUGUGCUUCUUCAAUCCGAGUUACUGAAAAUAUUGGAGAAAAAUAGAAAAAGCCUUCUUCCAUCUAAAUGAUGAAGCCUAGCAGGCUCCCAAACAUACUACAGCUGUUCUGCAAUUUAUCUUCUUUUUUUUUUGGGGGGGGUGUGGGUGGGUGGGG